GAGGAUGCUGGUGGUGGAGGUGGCGAACGGCCGCUCCCUGGUGUGGGGAGCCGAGGCGGUGCAGGCCCUCCGGGAGCGCCUGGGUGUGGGGGGCCGCACGGUAGGCGCCCUGCCCCGCGGGCCCCGCCAGAACUCGCGCCUGGGCCUCCCGCUGCUGCUGAUGCCCGAAGAGGCGCGGCUCUUGGCCGAGAUCGGCGCGGUGACUCUGGUCAGCGCCCCGCGCCCAGACCCUCGGCACCACAGCCUGGCCUUGACAUCCUUCAAGCGCCAGCAAGAGGAGAGCUUCCAGGAGCAGAGCGCAUUGGCAGCUGAGGCCCGGGAGACCCGUCGUCAGGAGCUCCUGGAGAAGAUUACGGAGGGCCAGGCUGCUAAGAAGCAGAAACUAGAACAGGCUUCAGGGGCCAGCUCGAGCCAGGAGGCCGGCUCGAGCCAGGCUGCCAAACAGGAUGAGACCAGUGAUGGCCAGGCUUCGGGAGAGCAGGAGGAAGCCGGCCCCUCCACUUCCCAAGCAGGACCCUCAAAUGGGGUAGCCCCCUUGCCCAGAUCUGCUCUCCUUGUCCAGCUGGCCACUGCCAGGCCUCGACCGGUCAAGGCCAGGCCCCUGGACUGGCGUGUCCAGUCUAAAGACUGGCCCCACGCUGGCCGCCCUGCCCACGAGCUGCGCUACAGCAUCUACAGAGACCUGUGGGAGCGAGGCUUCUUCCUCAGUGCGGCUGGCAAGUUCGGAGGUGACUUCCUGGUCUAUCCUGGUGACCCCCUCCGCUUCCACGCCCAUUACAUCGCUCAGUGCUGGGCCCCCGAGGACCCCAUCCCACUCCAAGACCUGGUUGCUGCUGGGCGCCUUGGAACCAGCGUCAGAAAGACCCUGCUCCUCUGUUCUCCGCAGCCUGAUGGGUUUAAGUCUCAGGAGGUCUCAAUAAACUUGUUAUAUAACUGUUCAUGAUUUGAAUGUUUACGACAGUCCUGGUACCUGUGGAUGGUCUCAUCUGCAUGUACAGAUGAGAAAAAGGCCUGGAGGAGGGGGAAUGAUUUGCCCAAAGUCACACGCUUAGUAAAUAGCAGGCUUGGCCUUUCAAAAUUGGUUUUCUGACUCCUAAAUCUGCACUCUUUCUACCGCACUAAACUUCCUUUUGAAAAGAUUUCUAUGAAAUUUCCCAGAUGCAUACAAAGGUUAUAAAUAAAAAUAUAGGCUGGGCAGGCCGGGCGCGGUGGCUCACGCCUGUAAUCCCAGCACUUUGGGAGGCUGAGGUGGGCGGAUCAUGAGGUCAGGAGAUCAAGACAUCCUGGCCAACAUGGUGAAACCCCGUCUCUACUAAAAAUACAAAAAAUUAGCCAGGCGUGGUGGCGGGCGCCUGUAGUCCCAGUUACUCGGGAGGCUGAGGCAGGAGAAUGGCGUGAACCUGGGAGGUGGAACUUGGAGUGAGCCGAGAUCGUGCCACUGCACUCCAGCCUGGGUGACAGAGCAAGACGCCGUCUCAAAAAAAAAAAAAAAAAAAAAUAUGUGUGUGUGUGUGUAUGUGUGUGUAUAUGUGUGUAUACAUAUAUGUGUGUAUAUAUGUGUGUAUAUAUGUGUGUAUACAUAUAUGUGUGUAUAUAUGUGUAUACAUAUAUAUGUGUGUAUACAUAUAUAUGUGUGUGUGUAUACAUAUAUAUGUGUAUAUAUGUGUGUGUGUGUGUGUGUGUGUAUAUAUAUAUAUAUAGGCUGGGCAUGAUGGCCCACACCUGUAAUCCCACAGAACUUUUGGAGGCUAAGGCAGGAGGAUUGCUUGAGCCCAGGAGUUUGAGACCAGCCUUGGCAACAUUGUAAUACCCCAUCUCUACAAAAAAUAAUUAAAAAAAAAAAUUAGCCAGGGAUCCCUUGAGCCUGGGAAGUUGAGGCUGCUGUGAGCUGUGAUUGCACCACUGCACUCCAGCCUGGGAGACAGAACAAGACCGUGUCUCAAAAAAUAUACAUAUGUGUGUGUGUGUAUAUAUGUAAAUACACAUACACGUAUGUGUAUAUAUAUGUGUGUAUAUAUAUCAUGAAAGGAAAUGAGUAUUGUAAUUUUAGGAGUUCAGAGCAUGGGGAGAAUCUCAGGAAGGACUCUGGAAGGUGUUCUGCUUUUUCAUGGCCUGGGUAGUGGUUGAGAAUUUUUUUGAUACUGUACGUUUAUAUUUUAGACUCUUUUUUGGAUGUGUUAUAUUCUGCAAUUUUUAUAAAAGCUAAAACAUGUAUAUGUAUAAAAUAUGCACUUAUGAAAUCAUUUACCCAUGUUUUUGCUUAAGAAAGUACUGGAACACUACCACUAUUUCAAUAAUUACACCUUUAUCUUAUCAAUAUGUAGUUUUAUUUUGUCACAUUUAUUUUGUCGGUGUAAUACAUUCACAUGGUGAGGCCGGGCAUGGUGGCUCAUGCUUGUAAUCCCAGCACUUUGGGAGGCCAAGGUGGGCGGAUCACAAGGUCAGGAGUUCGAGACCAUCCUGGCCAACAUGGUGAAACCCUGCCUCUACGAAAACUACAAAAAUUAGCUGGGCAUGGUGGCGGGCGCCUGUAAUCCCAGCUACUCGGGUGGCUGAGGCAGGAGAAUCACUUGAAUCUGGGAGGCGGAGGUUGCUGUGAGCCAAGGUCGCGCCACUGCACUCCAGUCUGGGCAACAGAGCUAGACACUGUCUCAAAAAAACAAAAACAAACAAAAACUUUCAAAUGGUAAAAUUCUGGGGCUGAAAGUCUCCACCUCUAGUUCUUCUAUUUCUUCCCCCCACGUUUCAUUCUUUCUCUUUUUUGUGUGAAUUGAGCAGCCUCUGGAACCAGAAUAGGUUUAGAGAGACUCCCAUCUCCCCUCUUUCUUGCCAUUCCCAGUAAACAGACUUCAUAGAAUCUCAAUUUCCUGUAAGUUUAGAUUAAUUUAAAAUACAACACUGGGCCGGGCGUGGUGGCUCACGCCUGUAAUCCCAACACUUUAGGAGGCUGAGGUGGGCAGAUCACCUGAGGUCAGGAGUUUGAUAUCAGCCUGGCCAACAUGGUGGAACCCCAUCUCUACUAAAAAUACAAAAAAAAACUAGCCGGGCGUGGUAGCACGCGCCUGUACUCCUAGCUACUCAGGAGCCUAAGGCAGGAGAAUCACUUGAACCCAGGAGGCAGAGGUUGUAGUGAGCCAAGAUCACACUACUACACUCCAGCCUGGGCAACAAGAGCUAAACUCCAUCUCAAAAAAAUAAAAAGAAAAGAAAAAAAAUGACACUAACCCCUGUCUGGCCAAUACUCUCUUCUUUGUGUCUCCUUCAUAAGUGGCUUUGUAAGUCUAUUCUCCACCCUUUCUCCUCU